AUGGACAUUCCUGACCUCUUUGGCCUGUUUGAUGUUGAAGGGGGAUUCAAUCUGCAGUCCGAGUGCGAUGCAUUCCUGCAAACUCCAGAAACCACCUCCUCACCCGUGGAUCAUCUCACUCCGGCUAUCGACGCCAGCACUCAUACUCCAGAUCAAGAAGUAACUCCUCAACAACGACAACGACGCUAUGCUCCGCGAAGCCGUCAAGGCUGCCUCACCUGCCGUGCUCGCCGGAAGCGUUGCGAUGCCCAUCAUCCUGAUUGUCGCAAUUGCACUCGUCUUAACGCAGAAUGUCGAUGGCCAGACAAGCUUCAGAUUUCAGGUUCCGGCAGUGGCACAAAGGCUCUGAGGAAUCGAGAUGUUGCGACUACAACUCGUUCGAAUUUGGAAUUACUCGGUUCUCAGACUAACUACACGGGCGUUAAUUUCAUGGCUGAUGCAUAUCCCACAGUAUUUGCAACUGCACAUAAAAGUAUACCCAGAGGUUUGGCCAUAGAAACGCUGCCUGGGCGUCAAUCCAGCCCUACUCAGGCUUCUCUCGAGCGCCACCUGUUAUCCUACUAUAUACACACCUUCAUCCCUCAAGUAACCGUCGUCCAGUCAUCAUCGAACUUCUUCACAUCUCUGUACAUUCCAAUGGCCUUCCACUGCACCGGUGUCAUGGAUGCCAUCAUUGCUUGUGCUGCAGCUCAUCUUGCAAAAUCGGUGCGUGGACCAGAAAAGUCUCGAGAGCUCAACUCAGUGGCCAUACAGCGCCAGCAGCGAGCGCGUGAGUUCAUUACAGAACAUACGGAGCGACCCGAACACUCAGAAUCAGGAGAGUACAAGCUCGAGGUUGUUGUAACCCUCUUGCUCUUGAUUGGAUUGGAGACUCAGACAGGAGGUCGAAGUCUGAGAUGGAUGCAGCGAGUCAAUUGCGUACGGCAAUUGCUUCAGACUUACUCAACAGCCAUGGAAAAAAGGUGGAGUUCGUGGGAAAUGGAUUGUGUUCAGAGGCACUUUUUAUAUCAUGAUGUGAUGGCGCUCAUCAUGGAGGAUGUGCUGGACCCAGACACGCGGGCCAAUCUGUCGAAUAGAAGCGGUCCUUUCAGAGACUGCGCUGCCACUCUCCCGGCAUCACGAACACAAGAUAUUUUGGACCAGGCAAUGGUUACGAUACCUGUUUCUCCAUCAGAGUUUCUUCAGAGCGAAAACAUCUCUCAAGGUGUUGAUUGCCUCCUUGGCUUGUCCCGAGACUUGUUUGGCAUCAUUACUCAGCUGCGAGAUCUAUCUAACCGAGAUUCUAAGGACAUGGAUGCGCCUGAACUCCUCAAGCUUGAAACUGACCUUUCAAACUGGCAGUACGAUAAAGAAAUGGCAGCGACUUUGGACCUCAAUACCCGCUUGGACCUGAUUGCACUUACUGAAUGUCACCGUCUUGCCGCGCUGAUCCUGCUCUAUCGGCGAUAUCCCGGCCGAUCUUACUGUUUACCGCAUAUAGCAUCACAAAUCAUCUGUACCGUUUCAAGAAUAACCCCAACCAGCGCGGUAGUCUCUGUUUUGACUCCGGUUCUCUUCUUGGCCGGUGCUGAACUGAACUCUGAGGCGGACAUGGCAUUGUGUGCAGCAAAGCUCAAGAGCAUUAAGGAGGCCAGCAAGAUGAUGAAUAUAGUGUCUGUAGAAGAGGUACUUCGAGCUGUAUGGAAAGAGCGGUUGCAGAAUAGGAUCCAGACGGAUUGGCUAGAGAUUCUACGGGCUCGGCGAUGGACUUUUAGCCUUGGAUAG